AUUGUACCGGGAGUCGCGCGCGGCGGUUGUCCGACUCGCACGCGAUAAUAUCGAUAAAACGCUAAUCGAAUUAAUCGAUCGGUAACCGAUUCGGAUUAUGCGACAUUAGCUCAAGUUUUUGUUUUUUUUAAAUUAAACAGUGUUUGGUUUUCGUGUAGUGCGGCGGACUGGGUGUUUUACCGGUGCGUAAAGGCGACAACGUGGAGCUGGACUUACAUCAGCGUGCCAGCGGGCACUUUAUGAGUGCCGCUGGUGCGAUGUGCGACCGAACCAGCUUCGGGGGCUCAAUGGGUUUCCCCAUGAGCAUGUCCAUGGGCUCCAUCGGCUCCAUGCCCAUGAUUGGCCAGAAGAAGUCCCCAGAGGAACACAUCAAGAGGCCCAUGAAUGCGUUCAUGGUGUGGAGCAGGCUGCAGCGGCGGAAGAUCGCGCAGGAUAACCCUAAGAUGCACAAUUCGGAGAUUUCUAAGAGAUUAGGGGCAGAAUGGAAGCUUCUCUCCGAAGACGCGAAGCGACCCUUCAUCGACGAAGCGAAGCGUCUCCGAGCCAUGCACAUGAAGGAACACCCUGACUACAAGUACAGGCCACGGCGGAAACCUAAGACCUUGAGAAAGGAGGGCUAUCCGUACUCCAUACCGUACCCUAGCGUACCUAUGGACGCGUUAAGAGCUGGCAUGGGAGGAGGCAUGGGCCAAAUGGGCGGGUAUUACGGAGCAGCAUACGGUCCCCUCGGAGCCAGUAUGGCGGCAGCAGCAGCGGCAGCUGCGCAGCAAAAUGCCAUUUCUGCUGCACUCACACCCAAUGCACAGGUGGGUUCCACAAUGGACAUGUCCAAGUACUCCAUCGAAGCCGAGAAAUACCGGAGCUACGGCAUGUAUCCCGACCCUUCCCGGGGCUACCUCGACUCAGCUGCCCUCUCCAAGGCCUACAUGUAUAUGGACCAGCAGCAGCAACGGUCUUAUCCCAUGGACAUCAGUAAGAUGUACUCCGAAGCGUCCGCGGCUGCCAUGGCUGGGUUAAACUCCGUCGCCCCAGCGCCGUCGAGCUUAUCCCCACGCUCUCCUGCAGAAUCUCCUGACACAGCCGUGAAGGGGCAUGACCGUACUGAAGGAAGCUCCUCCUCAGGCUCAAACCCCUCCCCAUCGCUCCCUUACUACCAAGGAUCCCCAGGAAUUCUCAUGCCACAGUACCCAGCUCAGUACACACAGGCUAGCCAAGGCGGCGAAUUCCGGCGGCCGCUAACAGUCAUAUUCUGACCUGACACGUAAGCGAGUUCGUUAAAAGUUGCGCGAGCGGUUUGUUUAUUGUUUCGUUUUUUGUUUCGAAGUGUUGCAUUUUUCGUUUGUUCCUGUGGGUAAUACGGACAGGUUUAUUUAGAAGUGGUGUCCUUUACACCUAGGUGUAAGCACCUUUAUAGACAAUGCUAUACGUACUUACCAAUAUUAUUCUAAAGGCGAUGAUCUUCGGUCCGUAUUUACCUCAUGUUAUUGCCCAAUCGCGCGUUUUUGUUUUCCUAUUUCCCACGGUUUCGUGUUUCCCAAAGUUCCUCUUUCGGUUUCCUCUUGUAGUGUUAGAAAUUAUAUUGUGACUUAGAUUCGUGUAUAUUGUAAAUAAGUUUCUAAAGCGUAAGUAAAUGUAAAGUAUUGGUAGUAUAUUUAUAGUCCAAUAUUAAUGUAACUUAACUUUCAAGCCUCUUGGUUGUCGUAUUUGUCGUACAAAGUUAUUAUCAAAGUUUUCGAACCGGUAUAUUUUGGUAAGUGAUGUAUUGUCAAUAAUAAUUAAGAAAGGGUUAGGCGGAGUAAAAAGGGAACAGGUCAAAUGGGGAAAGUACCUUAUUACCUGCAUUUUCCCUGAGUACAUUUUACUUACCUUUUUUUUGCUGCCAAUUUAUGCCUGCAUUUAUUUCAAAAUUAUUAUUGACAAUAAUGACAACAGACUUGAGCACUGAGUACUGUAGUGUACAUGUUUUUUCACGAUUUUCACAGAAUUUAUUUUACUUGUAAAAACUUAAAAUAAAAUAAAGUACUUAAUACUUAAAACGUGUCCAAUUUCACUCACAACGAUUCUAUAUGUUAUUGUUAACUUAAUGUAAAUAUUAUAUUUUGACAAUAAUGUCAAUCUGUACAUAAUAAAGGAAUAAGAUAGAUAACUUAAAUUACUAGAUUCGUCAUUAGACCUAUACUAUAAGGCCUUAGAAGCAUUUUUUUGUUCAUCUGCGGUUAAAAAAACGCUCAUAAAAAACGCAGCAGUUUUAGUGCCUAUGGCCACGUCCUAUAACAUGCAUUUAUUUUGUUGCCAUACCUUUUAUAACUGAAUCAUAAUUUAUUUCCGAAAAAUAUGUUAAAAAUACAAAUGUUUCUUUUUUUCUUUGAAGAACUGUUUAUUUAUUUAGCCAUUUAUUACCUUAUAGAAAACAUUUUUUUUUUUUAAGUUUGGUAAACACAUGGUGAUGAUUUUGGUACUGAUUUGCCUUUACCACGUGUAUUCCUUAAUUUAAUACAAAUCAUUGCUUUGUGUUUAAAGGUUCUGUUACACGGGCAACACAAUUCCCAGCAACUCACUUGCCAUUGCCGCGUUUGCUCCAUAGUUAGUUGGUGCGUAUUCAACAAACGCGGCAAUGGAGGAGGCACACUGACAUUUUAUCCCGCCA